CGUAGCGGCGUGGGGCUCCGCUAGUUUCCUCAAGCAAACCACCCAACUGAUACAGUGAUAGAACAACUGGAAGUGGGCCGACUGGCGAGGGGGCUGCUUAGUCGGACAGAAGGCACACGGGCCGAGCCGCCCUCGUCGUCAGCACCACACUCGGUCGCCGGUUCCGAAACGGGUUUUUAAUUCGUUUCUGUUCAAGGGGAAGAAGACGGCGAGAGUCCUCGCUUCCAAACCCACCGAAGGCUGGCUUUUUCCAUUUGUGUCUGUCACUCGGAAGGCGGGGAAUACAAAGCGACGUGCGGUCAAAACCCAUCAACGGUUACAUUUUGGACUCACCGAAGCAACAGAAAACGGCAGGAACCGCAGCGCCAGUUUCGCGGUGCUGUGACGGGACAGCGCAUGGAUUAUCUGUGUUUCCGGGCACUGUGCUGUAAAGGGCCGCCGCCGCCAAGGCCGGAGUACGAUGUGGUGUGCAUCGGCCUGACGGGCGCCGGAAAGACCAGCCUUCUCUCCCGGCUCUGCAGCGAGGGCGCUGACUGCGUCGUUCCCACAACAGGUUUCAGCAUCAAAGCAGUGCCAUUUCCAAAUGCCAUCCUGAAUGUAAAGGAACUUGGAGGAGCGGACAACAUAAAGAAAUAUUGGAGUCGUUACUACCAGGGAUCGCAGGGCGUAGUCUUCGUGUUGGACAGUGCCUCGUCGGAUGAGGAACUCGAGGCUGCACGUAACGAGCUCCACUCGGCCUUGCAGCAUCCCCAGCUGUGCACACUGCCUUUCCUCAUCCUCGCCAACCACCAGGACAAGCCUGCUGCAAGAACGCCAAACCAGGUCAAGAAGUACUUUGAGCUGGAGCCGCUGGCCAGGGGCAAGCGCUGGAUCCUGGAGGGGAGCACCAGCGACCACCUGGAGGCCGUGAAGGAGAGCUUCGCUCAGUUCAUCGGCCUGCUGGAGGACAAAGACUCGGAGCCCGCCCGGAUAUGAGGCUGCCCCCGCAAACGCUCAGAGACGAUAGCGGCCAGCGGCGAAGGAACAUCCCGCCGGGGCCGCGCACACUCCCGCUUUCAUACACAAACCUGCGCGCACGGGCGACGGCGGAUGUCGGCCUCACUCCCUGAGAAGCGUGUAUCCUGUCACCCUCCCUUCACUGAGCUCCCAUCUUGGUUCAAAUCUGAAGAGUGUGUGUGUGUGUGUGCGUCCGUGUGCGUGUGCGUGUGCGUGCACACAAACCCACGUCCACCGUUGCAAUCCGGCAGAGGGGAGGUGUCUUUGAAGCCGAUGUAUUGCAGUUUUGUCAGAAAUACAAAAUGGCCUCUGCGUGACGAAACCAAGGGCAUGUGGGACUCACACACACACACACACACACACACACACACACACACAGAGAGCAGAGCCCAGGUUGUGUGUAGAUGUUUAACCUCUCCAGUGAUUACUUUACAGGGUGUUUGGGUGACGUUGAGGCGGUGUUAUGUACGGUAGCUACAUAUCCGUGUGAAUAUCUAAUCUGAAUAGAGUAGUCUGAGUAUCUCAUGGAGUAUUAUGGAGCCAUACACAAGUACUACUAAUCAUGUGACGGAGUGCUAGUGGACUUCAUUUAGACGGGGCAGAAACAAGUCUGAAUGCUUUUUAUAAAUGUGCAACUUAGAAUAUAUUUUACAGCUGUGUAUGUUAACCACGUAGAGCUCCAUUCCGAUUUUUUAUAUCUCAUACCACCCUUAUGACUUCUUUCAAAUCAAAGACCAAAAGAGACAAACAUAACCACCACACCCACGGAAGUAGCCUCAAGAUAGAGAAAUGUAAUCGCCUCCUUUCACUGUUCAGCAAAAUGUCAUGUUUGCCUUUCUACAAUUUUUCUGUAACGCUUUUUCUUUACCGACAUAAUUCCUCUCGGCGGUGGCGCGCGCCUCCCGUCUCCCAUCGGGGUGGAGUACAAACUAUCAAUCAGCCACAGCAACAGCUGCAUCUGCCAAGUCCCUGUCCGACACCCUAAUGCCUUCCAACUGUCCACGGAGACCCCCCCCCCCCCGGGCCCCCGCUGGGUUCUUGGGGGGGUUCCUCCCUCCCGGAUGCCAUCGUUCUGAAAUGAGCUUGUCGUUGUGCCACAAGUGUGCUUCAGUAGAUGGGCGCCUCCUCGCUUGCUUGUGUCCCCGCUGUCGCUUUGUUCCGUGGUCGGGUUUUUAGAACAAUUUCAUCUGUUUUUGUACCUGACACGAGGUAGUUUUCUUCUUCUUAACAACCUGUAUGGACCAGUGCAUUUGAUCGCUCCAAUGCAGAAUAAAUAAUUGGACUUUGCAUAUCAUCUACCCACAAAGGUUUUUCAACAUAUCACAGCAGUCUUUGUUUGUUUUUGUAUUUAGUUUUUUUCAAUCAUCAGUGUUGUCAAAAAUUGUAAUUAAAGUUUUAAAAGUGGAA